GAAGUUGUGAUUGCCAUGCUCAGGUAUUGAUGCUCAUAUGCACAACUGUUUAAAAUGGCAGAGGGAGGUGGCAACGAAGAGGUAAUUCACUUGAACAGUUUCCGUAGCCACAGUGGGAAAGACUGGAUAAACAGGAGAGAUGAAGGACUUAUCACCAUAUCGGACUCCUCAGAUGAAGAAUUGCCUUUGUUGCUAGACACGCCAGUUCAGCAGCGGCAGGAGGAAGAUGACGACGAUGUAGUCAUCCUGCUGGAGACCCCAAAACAGCAGAUUCCGCGUCCCAAUGUCAUCAGAUCUGCUGCUCAGUGGCAAGGUGUGAACCAGCUGGGAGAAGUAUCUAAGGGUGACAUGGCAUUGAAGAGCUUACAUCUGCAAGAGGGGAUUCGGCCUUUUGUGGUGUGCCAGAGAGCCCAUUGUAACCACAUGGGGGAGAAUGGUGCGGGGCCAAGCAGAGACAAGAAUGGAAACCAUGCCUCACAGCUGCCUGGAGCCUCUGAACACUGUAGGCACAGGGUUGAAAGAGGGGGUGAUUCAGAGCCUGGGCCAAGUGUGGUUCAAGCAAUAAAGACAAGUCCACGACCCACUGGUGAAAGGGAAAUAAUCAACCUGGAGGAAGCUGGCUUCCUACCUAUAUGGGAGGAAAAUCUGGAAGUACAGGACCAGGAGGAUGAAGACUUGGAUCAAGAGCUCUUACAAAACCUCAGAGGAGCAAUUGCUGCUGCAGCAGCAGCAAGCAGACAGGCCACCAGAGACAACAGUCGGUUGGAUCAUCCUUAUUUCCAGCCUGUAGACAAUGAGCCACAUACUGUAGCAAGCUGUUGUGCUCCGCAGCAAGGGCAGCCUGAAGCAGAACUGGGAUCUUUGCUAAGGGCAUACCGGGAGGAGAACCCUGGGCCAGCCUUUCCCAGACCUGAACCACAACAGGAUGGGAUUCCAGGCCCUGCUUCUCCUCAACCAGCUCAUCCACCAGAGGAAAUGAGAGGCCAGUGGGCAGCAAUAGACAAUGAACAGCCAGGCCCAGCCUUCCCUGCACAGGGAUCACAUGAUCCUGGCUCUGGUAACGUUCCAGAGCAAGGAGCCGCUGGGCAGGACGAAGACCUCACUGCCCUGCUCAUCAAAGAAACAGAAGCAAGAUUCCCAGAUGUGAGGAAAGAGUAUGUUGAGGAAUUAAUUCACAUCAAGAACUGCUAUGACCUAAAUGUACUUUGUAAUUUUCUUCUGGAAAAUCCAGAUUAUCCAAAGAAGGAAGGCAGAGUGGUUUUAAAUCCCAAUAGCAGCCUGCUCGCCAGCCAAGAUGAGACAAAGGUGCCUAAAGUGGACUACUUUGACUUUUCCAAACUCGCCCCGCUUGAUCAACGGUGCUUUAUCCAAGCAGCUGACCUCCUUAUGGCCGACUUCAAAAUGCUGAGCAGUCAGGACAUCAAGUGGGCACUACAUGAACUCAAGGGACACUAUGCAAUCACACGAAAGGCCUUUUCUGAUGCCCUCAAAAAAUGGCAGGAGCUGUCUCCUGAAAACAGUGGGAAGCGAAAAAGGAGGAAAGAAAUGAACCAGUUUUCCUACAUUGAUUUCAAAUUUGAGCAAGGUGACGUGAAAAUUGAGAAGCGGAUGUUCUUCUUGGAGAACAAGAGACGGCACUACAGGUCCUAUGAUAGACUCUCGCUUCUCCCACCCGUGCAACUGGAACAGGAGUUCUAUGAACAGAAAAUUAAAGAGAUGGCCGAGCAUGCAGACUUCCUUCUUGCCCUGCAGAUGAACGAGGAGCAGUAUCAGAAGGAUGGUCAGAUGAUCGAGUGUCGUUGUUGCUAUGGGGAAUUCGCGUUUGAGGAACUGACGCAGUGUGCAGAUGGUCACUUGUUCUGCAAGGAGUGCCUAAUCAAAUAUGCUCAGGAGGCAGUCUUUGGCUCUGGGAAGUCCGAGCUCAGCUGCAUGGAAGGGAGCUGCACAUGUUCAUUCCCGACCAGUGAGCUGGAGAAGGUACUCCCAGAGAACAUCCUGUGUAAAUACUAUGAGCGGAAAGCUGAGGAAGAGGUGGCUGCUGCCUGUGCGGAUGAGCUAGUCAGGUGUCCUUUCUGUAACUUCCCGGCACUCCUGGACAAUGAUGUGAAGCGGUUCAGCUGUCCCAAUCCUCGCUGCAGGAAGGAAACCUGCAGGAAGUGCCAGGGGCUAUGGAAGGAGCACAUGAAUCUUACCUGUGAACAGCUGGCUGAGAAGGAUGACAUAAAAUAUAGAACAUCUAUAGAAGAAAAAAUGACUGCAGCCCGAAUUAGAAAAUGCCAUAAGUGUGGGACUGGCCUAAUUAAAUCUGAGGGUUGCAACCGCAUGUCCUGUCGUUGUGGUGCCCAAAUGUGCUACCUCUGCCGAGCCUCCAUUAAUGGGUAUGACCACUUCUGCCAACACCCUCGAUCACCAGGGGCCCCUUGCCAGGAUUGUGCAAAAUGCUCUCUCUGGACCGACCCCACGGAAGAUGAUGAGAAAAUAAUCCAGGAGAUUCAGAAGGAGGCUGAAGAGGAGCAAAAGAAGAAAAAUGGAGAAAGCAGUUUCAAGAGGAUCGGCCCUCCUGUGGAAAAGCCUGUGGAGAAAAUCCAGAGAGUUGAAGUCAUCCCAAGACCAGUCCCUCAGAACCUCCAUCAGCCCCGAAUGCCCCCUUAUCCUUUUGUGCAUCCACCCUUCCCGCUGCCUCCUGUCCGCCCGCUGUACAACAACAUACCCCUGAACAUAGGACCCAUCCCUGCCCCAUACGUGCCCCCACUGCCUAAUAUGCGGGUGAACUACGAUUUCCCCCAGAUCAAUGUUCAGCUGGAGCACAACUUGCCUAUGCACUUUGGUCCACAGCCUCGGCAUCGGUUCUGAUCUGGUUCAAACAGCACUAGUAAUGGAGUCUGCAGGGAGAAGCCACAUUGGCCCCACCACCACCCUCCCCUCUGUCCCCCCAUCAUUUCAGCCAGAUGCAAGGGGAACAGAUCUAGAUUCCCCUCCCCACACACACACACAGAGUAUUUAAAUCUUUGUAAUUCAACAUU